GUGGGAAAAGAGUUGUAUUGACCAUGACCUAAACCACUCAGAAUGACUAUCACGGGUAUCCCCAUAUGCAAGGUACACAACAAUAUCCUUCCGACUAUCAACCUGCAUUCCAUGGUCGACAAAUUCAUACCACCCCUGGCAGUCCUGAUACAUUUAACGUACCUUCUCCCCUCUAUGGUCGUCAUAUGCAUGGCAAUCCUCCUAGUCCAGGGCCAUAUAGUCCCAAUCCACCCCAGAUGCAUAGUGGAAGGCAGAUACAUACCAAUCCUGGAAGUCCAGAGUUGUACGCCGUACCACCAACAUUCCGGCAGCGAUAUACGAAUAAUGGUCUUAUUUCACCUGCCCCACUCUCUGCAGGCCAUGAGUAUACAUCAUUUAGUGAAUUAAGCCCACCUGGUCCGAAACGCUCUGAUUCGUACGAUAUGUACCGUGCUUGGAACUUUGAAGAGGAUACAUCCUUGAAUCGCAAUCUGAAAAAUCCGGAAAUGGGAUAUUUGGACAGUUACAAGAAUAAACCGGCCGGCAUGGACAGCUUUGGGCAGCAACAGCAACCACCAUUUUCGCCUGGCCCUAACAUGGGUCCACUUUCGAAUAUGAGUGGCCGGAAUUACAAAGGACAGGAUUAUAUGCCAAUCAGCAGCAACCAUUUUGCAAACUCCAACACCGCAGGUCCGUCUAUUUCUGCGGCAGCUGCAAGUAUGGGCCUAGGGAGCUCAAGUACACCGUUGACUGCACCUACCGGAUAUGGAGGGCCAACAAAAGUCGGAAUGCAACAAGGCCCGGAAAGUAGUAAGCUUCGAACUCUUCAAGUUCAACACCAACAGCUACUGCUUCAGCAGCAACAUCAGAUUUUGGCUGCUCGGGACCAGCUUUAUCGACAACAAGGACAGCAAGAAUUUCUACCUCAACCACCUAUGCAACAAUCUUACUCUGCGGUUACACGCGGUAAAAGUCAGCCGAUUCGUCCACCUAACCAAGCUGAUAUUGGAUCCAGUAUGAGGAGCCCGCUCUUGGAAGAGUUUAGAAAUACCAAAAAUAGGAAAUGUGAACUAAAGGAUAUUGCUGGACACAUUGUAGAGUUUAGUGGAGAUCAACACGGCUCUCGCUUUAUCCAGCAGAAACUGGAAACUGCCAACAGUGAAGAAAAGCAACUUGUGUUUGAGGAAAUCAUUCCAAAUGCACUCCAAUUAAUGACGGACGUGUUUGGCAAUUAUGUUGUACAGAAGUUCUUCGAACAUGGAAACCAAAUGCAAAAGUCAAUCCUGGCAAAGCAGAUGGAAGGCCAUGUUCUCACUCUUUCUUUGCAAAUGUAUGGCUGUCGAGUUGUUCAAAAGGCUUUGGAGCAUGUUCUCACGGAGCAACAAGCUUCCUUGGUUCGCGAAUUGGACGGUACUGUAUUGAAGUGUGUUAGGGAUCAAAAUGGCAACCACGUCAUUCAAAAGGCAAUAGAGCGUAUUCCUGGACCUCAUAUUCAGUUCAUCAUUGACGCUUUCCACGGUCAAGUCUAUUCUCUUGCUACUCAUCCAUAUGGUUGCCGUGUGAUACAACGAAUGUUUGAACAUUGCAAAGAGGAACAAACGGAGGCUCUUCUUGGCGAACUUCAUAGAUGUACAGCUCAGCUAGUCCAAGAUCAGUAUGGCAAUUAUGUUAUUCAACAUAUUCUGGAGAGAGGACGACCUAGCGAUAAAUCUAUGGUCGUGCUCAAGAUACGCGGACAAGUUUUGCAGCUUAGCAAGCAUAAGUUUGCCAGCAAUGUUGUGGAAAAAUGUGUCGAUUACGGUACUAGAGAAGAGCGCCGGCUGCUUAUUGAAGAAGUCUUGCAAGUCAGACCUGAUGGCACAUACCCACUGGCUGCCAUGAUGAAAGACCAAUACGCAAACUAUGUUGUCCAGAAAAUGUUAGACGUUGUUGAAGGCGAACAAAGAGAUUUGUUAGUAAAUCGCAUUCGUCCUCAUAUUCCAUCUUUGAAAAAGUAUACCUAUGGAAAGCACUUGAUUCAAAAGGUUGAAAAUUUGAUGCCUCUAGUUAUCCUUACUGAAGAAACACUAGAGAUGGAGGCCGCGGCUGAAAGCAACCAAAGCAGCCAAGAAUGAUCCGUUGUUACUUAUGGCUUAGACGAUACGCUUCUUUAGGAGCAUACUUGCACGUCAAAAACGCUCACUAAUGCUCACGCGAGUUACUU